CUUAUACAUUCAUCUCGAAGAAUAUGGUGUAUCCUGGGUCUUCAGCAGUUUCUUCGAGCUAUCUGUUGAUAGACACACCUGAGCAAAUCCGGAUAAACAAGACCCACGCAGUGUGACAAAAAAUAAAGAUAGCUGUCUCCGAUUCGUGAACCAUGACUGUAUAAGCCCGACGAAAUUUGCGGAAAUUUUGUGGUUCUUAUGGGCGUAAUCCAUAAAUAACUUUCGGGUAGUCGAUCGGAUCCACAGACAGAUUGUUUAUUUUAUGCCCUUAAACGUUUGCGUUCUUGAUUACAGUCGCAUGGCGAAAAAUCGAACUUUCAAAUACUAUACAGCAAACGACUUGUCUACGCUCGUCAAUCAGCUCGAGUCCUACUUGGGUGCCCCACAAACAGCCUCCGCAGCCACGCGAGAUAUGGCAGGUACAAAACCGGGGCUACACUUGAUCAUGCUCCUGGCACAAGACAAGGAAGCGACACCGCUGCGAUUUUAUUUACCUUCCAAUCCGCAUGGCGAGGCUGUCCUCACCGAUGUUGCUGUGGUGCCUCAGUGGGGUGGGCUUUUUUCCAUCGACGCAAACGUGGAACAGCCUGCUGUUCGAGUGGGACGGCAAUUGGCUGCUGUUAUACGCUUGAUAGCCGGACUACCGGAGCCACCAGCCCAUAUCCAAACUCAUCUUAGCCCAAAACGUGGCCCAGGCGAUGCAUGGGGUGCCGUGGAUCGUUGGGAGAUGGACAGCUGGUUUCUGCGCCGCACCGCAGAAAGCCUGCUCUCUAUCCGUAUGACAAUGACAGCAUUGGUUGACUUAUUGUCACGAUUUCCGAACAUGGUUAUCAACGACUACGUGGCAGAUGAGGUUGCCCGCUCCGUCCGAAUGUGGGGUCAAACGCUGGACCAGCUGCGUACCGUUGGUGACCGGUUAAAUGUCACUGACUUUGGGCAAUUGUUCACCCAAGCAGAAGACGCCCUUGGAGCAAUCAACAGUGCAUUCUUUGAUUACACUCUGCUCGGACGACUGUACUUUGAGGAGGACCAGAAGUACGGUAUCUACGUCCCACUGUUUGUCCCCAUCGGCGUCAGUCUUCUCGUGUCCGUCAAGAACGUGUUCCGCGCAAUCUUCCCUCGGGAGCCUGCUCGCUAAUGAAUGUAAAUCCUUGAUCCCGGCUGUGAUGAACCUGACAAACUUUCUCUUACGAAACUUGAAACUCGCAUGUUAUUUAAUAUUUGUCAUCUUAUGCGUCCACCAGUUACCGUGAUGUCAUUGGACUCAGUUUUCGUUUGACUUGGUGACUACAUUAUGACUGAAAUCUCAAUAAAUGUUUUCUUCCUAA